AUGUGUUACCGUCUGGUCGAACGCUUUUCCGUCUGCGGAUGCGUCUACCACCAACACGCAGUCGACCGAUGUGCGGCGUACAACCAAUCCGGCCACAAGAUCCAAGAGCGGAUAAUCCCUGUGGGAUACACCUGCUCGCUUCACUCGGAACCCACACAGGGCUCCUACGGCGACGAUACAUACACCUACUCGGACUCUGGCUACUACAGCGGCCAGUCUCACCAGAGCUCCAAGUACCGGUGA